AUGUCAAUGAGGGACGGGGCUAAUGCAAAUCACUGAACACGGCAGCAGAAGAAAGCAUCUGUGCAACCCGGGCUCACCAUCAGACACACGAGCAGGGUAUCAGAGACUGAACACUACAAAGACGUCCGGGUUUACGCUGCAGUAUCAACGCAAAAAAAAUAAAAUAAAGACAAGGACGCUUUGAAAACUGUUUGAUCAGUGAAUCUGGCAAAUACAUAUUAGCCCAGAAAACGCAGUACAAUACCCGGAGUCUUAGGUUAUAAAUCAUUGAAGAUGUCCUUUGAGAGAGACAUGGAGUUUGAGCACUUUGACGAGCGAGAUAAAGCACAGAGGUAUAACCGUGGAAGCUCGCGGGCGAAUGGUUUGCAAAGCCCCACCCAUAGUGCCCAUUGCAGCCUGUACCGAACCCGCACCCUGCAAGCACUCAGCUCUGAGAAGAAGGCGAAGAAAGUUCGCUUUUACCGCAACGGAGACCGUUACUUCAAAGGGAUCGUAUACGCCAUCUCUCCAGACAGGUUUAGGUCUUUCGGUGCCCUGCUGGCUGAUCUAACCAGGGCUCUGUCUGAUAAUGUAAACUUACCACAGGGAGUGAGGACCAUCUAUACAAUUGAUGGCAACAGAAAAAUCUCCUCCUUGGAUCAGCUAAUGGAAGGUGAAAGCUAUGUUUGCGGCUCAAUAGAAUCCUUCAAGAAACUAGAGUACACAAAGAAUGUAAACCCGAACUGGUCAGUGAAUGUCAAGACGCUGGCCGGCGUCCGCACCUCGCCUUCACUGGGUGGCUCCAAGGCCAGCCCUGUCGAGGCCAGAGAGAGCAAAGACUUCAUCCGGCCCAAGCUGGUCACUAUCAUCCGCAGUGGAGUGAAGCCCCGCAAAGCCGUCCGGAUUCUCCUUAACAAGAAGACGGCCCACUCCUUUGAUCAAGUCCUCACAGACAUCACGGAAGCCAUCAAGCUGGACAGUGGGGUGGUGAAACGAAUCUACACACUGGAUGGGAAACAGGUGUUGUGCCUUCAGGAUUUCUUUGGAGAAGACGAUAUUUUUAUUGCGUGCGGACCAGAGAAGUUCCGCUAUCAGGAUGACUUCCUUCUUGAUGAAAGUGAAUGUAGAGUGGUGAAAUCUACUUCAUACAAUAAAAUAGCGAUGGUGCCAGGCAGGAGUACUGCUAAGAGCCCGGGCUCCUCAAGACGUAGCAAGUCCCCAGCUUCUACUGGCUCAGUCAAUGGGACUCCUGGCAGCCAGCUGUCUACCCCACGGUCUGGAAAGUCCCCAAGUCCAUCACCUACCAGCCCGGGGAGCCUGCGCAAACACAGGAGUUCUCAGCACAGCGGUUCCUCAAUAUCUUUAGCAUCUACGAAGGUCUGUAGCUCAAUGGAUGAAAACGAUGGACCAGGGAGUGAAGUAGAAGUGAUGGAGGAAGGUCCCCAAGUUCCAGCCUCGAUUGCAGAGAGAUACAAGGUGGGAAGGACAAUAGGAGAUGGCAAUUUCGCAAUAGUACGAGAAUGUGUAGAGAGGUCAACUGGCAGAGAAUAUGCUUUGAAAAUUAUCAACAAAAGCAAGUGCAGAGGCAAAGAACACAUGAUACAAAAUGAAGUUUCUAUUCUCAGAAGGGUAAAACAUCCAAAUAUUGUUCUAUUAAUUGAGGAGAUGGACACAUACACUGAGCUUUACCUCGUCAUGGAACUUGUCAAGGGAGGCGAUCUCUUCGAUGCCAUUACUUCCACUAACAAAUACACAGAGCGAGAUGCCAGUGGAAUGCUGUACAAUCUGGUCAGCGCAAUCAAAUACCUGCACAGCCUUAACAUUGUCCACAGAGACAUCAAACCUGAAAACCUUCUGGUUUAUGAACACCAAGACGGUAGCAAAUCCCUAAAGCUUGGUGAUUUUGGCCUGGCCACACUCGUUGAUGGACCUCUGUACACAGUUUGUGGAACCCCAACAUAUGUAGCACCAGAGAUCAUUGCAGAGACUGGGUACGGCCUGAAGGUGGACCUCUGGGCUGCAGGAGUGAUCUCCUACAUCCUGCUCUGUGGCUUCCCUCCAUUCCGGGGGAGCAGUGAGGACCAGGAGGUCCUCUUUGACCAGAUUUUAAUGGGGCAGCUAGAUUUUCCCUCUCCAUACUGGGACCACAUUUCAGACUCAGCCAAGGAGCUAAUCACUUUGAUGCUGCAGGUGGAGGUGGACCAGCGGUAUUCUGCAUUGCAGGUUCUGGACCAUCCUUGGGUCAAUGAUGAUGGGAUGCCAGAGAACGAACACCAACUCUCAGUAGCUGGAAAGAUCAAGAAACACUUCAACCCAGGCCCCAAACCCAAUAGCACGACAGCUGGAGUAUCUGUUAUAACAACCACCGCUCUUGAUAAGGAGGGGCAGGUUUUCAGACGAAGACGCAACCAGGAUGUGAGGAAGAUGUACGGGGCACAGCACACCACCGCCACAGCAGAGCUCAACUCGGAAUCGGAAGACUACUCCCCCAGCUCGUCGGAGACCGUCCGCUCACCGAACUCACCUUUUUAACACUCCCCUGUUAAACAAACCCAGUUGCCUGACCCUUUGAGCACUAAAUUAUUAUUAUUUUUUUGUGUAUGUAUGUUUUAAGUUAUGUUUGAGCAGCUACAGCUGUGCAAAGCUUUAUACUUAAUUACAUGUAUUGGUCAGGUUGGAGCUGCUGUAUUGAAUGAAUGAUCUGCAGUGGAGACUAGAGGCAAUGUUCCAAUAGAAGUUAAUCCUUUACUCGUUCCAGUUAGAUUGGAUGCAUUCAAACCAAUCUGUAGAUGUGACUUGGCAGAUCUGCAAUUAUGGUCUGUGUAGUAAAAUGCUCUUGAGCAUACUAAUUUCAAUAGGUGGUUAUGUAUUACAUGUCCAGCAGGUGGUGUUUGUAUAAAUACAAAUGGUUAGUUUUGGGUAUAACCAAUUGGAGAGAUCAUUUAAUGGACAGUGUGAAUGCCAGGAGAUAAUUGGUUCCGAGCUAAGCAGCAUUUGGAAUUUUAAGACGGCAUUAAAUAAAAUAAAAAUAAAAACACAAUUACUUUAUUUUUUGUAUUCAAAUUGGAUUCUAAAUGGAUGACGAAAUGAAUUGUUUGACAUUCAAAAUGCAUGCCAAGCAAGUAAAUUAUGCAAAUGAGCUUGAAUGAAUUAAAUACAUGUAUAAUUCCUAAAGAUUCGUCAGCUUUGGCUUACAAAAUAUAAUGCAAUAAUGAUCAUCACGUAGCCUUUUUUAAUGUGUUUUUUUUUU